AUGGAGAACUUCGUCAAGACUCAACUACGUCCGGUAGAUGAGUGCGUAAUAUGUAGCGAACCUUUCAGCGCAACGCACCAGCCCGUCGUUCUGGACUGUAAGCACAUUUUCGGCCAUGGAUGUAUAAGACGAUGGAUCGAGGAUGGCCGUGGCAACAACGCAAGUUGCCCAGUCUGUAGACAUGUCUUAGUCUCUAGAAGGAACACACAGCCGGCUUUUGAUGCUCCAUCGAUAUGGGAGAGACUGUGUGAGCUGCCGCUUGUUCGACUCCACGCAUUCAUGGAGAAGCUUUGGAUCGGUAUCCGGGAUCUGUGGAAGCGAAAGCCUGAUGGCAAGUUCACCAUCACUGCGCUGUUGGACAAAGCCAUCUUGCCGGCGCUCAUCGAAGCUGGAGCGCAAGCCUGGAGUGGAUCGCAUGAUGCCCUCACUGAUGCCCACAACCUCAUCGCUGCUUCUUGGGACUCCUUGGGCCGGCCAAACAGAACAGAAGGUCUCGCAAUACCGUUCGUCCGUCUCGCUCGUUUGAUGUCCAGUGCAGCAGCCACGCUACCACUGUACCUCACCGACUUGUCACGAACAUCACGAUUGCUUUGGAGGGCAAACGCAUGUCUCGGCCUCACUGGAGCGAACGUUAGCUGGGAUUGCAUUAUUGACGCCUCAAAGCUAGACUCGGAGCGGCAUUUCCCGCUACUGCACCUCUACACUGUACUUGUCUCGCAGAGCAUUGCGCACAGAUCCGGGCCACAACGACCACUUCCUGCAAGGCGGCACGAGAUCAUGAACCUAGUGGUCGAGAAGUGCUGCACGAAGAUUGGCAAAGCUUGCUACACGGGGAGGCCUUCAAAUGAGUUCAAGGACAUCUUGGUGUGUGUGUUCCAGGAGCUGUGGAGGUAUCAGCAUGAGCAAGCGCGACUCAGUCUGAGGGGCCACGAAGGCGAGGAGACCAUAGUCAGGGGGAUAUGGGCUAUUGCUGACUGGCCAGCCAAGAGAGAUCGUUGA